CAGGGUCUUUCAGACAAUCAUGGGCGAUUACAUCAAAUCUUUUCAUUCGCCAGACGAGUUUCGUUCCUGAACUUAGUUUCGUUGACUAGAUCGACAACACAGGAGAAAAAAUGGGAUCUUUUUUCAUCUCUCCACUUACAUGACUCCUCUACAAGCUUGUGGUAUUCGUGGUUUUGUGUCGAUCAAGUAAGGAAGAACUUGAAUAAUAAUGGCGUCCAUUGAGACAGGCUUAACGCAUGCUUGCGGCGUUUUCGCUUGUGUAAGAGCCGAAGGAGUUACUUCAGAGGAAGUUGAUGUCGCCAGUAUGAUUUCUCUCGGUCUAGUUUCACUUCAACAUCGGUAAGUUCGAUUAUUUUGAUUUUAGAUGCCUAAGUUAAAGCGAGGAAUAGUUCGGCUGGCCUUUAAUCAAUACAACUUUACAUAUUGAUGAUGCAUGUGACUAAAGUUCGUCAGACAAUGCUGAUUAAAUUUUUUUUGAGUCCUUGAAUAAAGCAUUAGCCUUGGUAGAUUCAGUUGGAAGACCUCGCCAUUUUUAGACGAGAAACUGAUCGGCAUUUUAGAAGGAUGAGCUGAAAAUGAAAUUCCAUUUCCGUUUCUUCUUUUUGUGAUCAGCACAUUAGCGCCUUGGAUUGAGAAGUGCUAACCUGUUGUGGGUUCUAAUAUUUCUGGCAAUAGAAAAGUUGCGGGUUUACCACAAAGAAGGGAACUCCAAUCCUGAUGAUUCUAUUAUCUCAAAAUUUAAAAUUAUCACUUCCAAACACCGGCGUCUCAUCACAUGGCAACGAAUCAUUAAGGAAAUGAAAUAAUAAUGAAUUUGUCAUGCGUUGUAUUUGAUGUUUAAAACGUUUGAGUUGUAAAUGUGUGGUGACUAUUAUUAAUAUUGAUCAACCUUAAUUUUGUAUCGUGUAAAUAUGUUUGAUAUUCAACUAUUAUUUGUGUUACCUCCCUGGAUUGUGUGAUCUAGUUGGGUAACUACCACAUUGACAAAUUUUUUAUGAUUAUGACUGUGAAUGUAAUAAUUAUUAUCAGGGUCUUUGUGUUGUUUGAUAAUUUGUGUUGUGUUGUUGGAUUAUUUUCUCUGCUGAAGGACUAAUUCUGAAAGUGUCAGCCAUAAAGACUCUCAGCUAGCUAGUUUACACUUUAAACUCAGUUGGUAUAAUCAAUUAUGCUGCAAUACCCCUCACUGAUACAGCACAACAGUCUUUUAGAAACUUACUGCCUUGUUUCACCUAUAAGUUGGUUUCUCUGAAUAUUCUUUCACCAUAAAUUACCUACUCAUAACCUACUUAUGAAUAAAACUAUAUGUCCAGGGAUUGUCAAAAACCAGAGGCUGGGUCAGACUUUGCCAGCGCACAAUGUUCUCAAGACCAUUACCUGUUGUUAUUAUUUAUUUUGUUUUAGCCCAAACAUAAGGGAAAGGGUGUUUUUGCUAUUUCACAUCCUCAACACUUGCUACCCUUCUCUUGGGCCAAUAAUUAUCAACUUAUGGUUGCUGUAGAAAUGUUAUAUCAAAACAAUACUAGAAUAUGCAGAUGAAUGAAUGAAUGUAUCUGGAAUUGUGUUUUCUUACUCAAGGGGCCAAGAAAGUUGUGGAAUAGUGACAAAUGAUGGCAAAAAGUUCCAUCAGCAUAAAGGAAUGGGACUAGUGAACCAGGUCUUCCAGGAACAGCACAUAAAAUCACUCCCAGGAUAUAUGGGUAUUGGACACACACGCUACUCAACUGCAGGGGCAUCAGAACUCCUUAACUGUCAACCAUUUGUAGUAGACACAAUUCAUGGACGUAUGGCUGUUGGACACAAUGGGGAACUGGUGAAUGCUAAAGCAUUACGAAAAAAGGUUCUCCUCAAUGGAACUGGUCUAUCAACAGGAAGUGACAGCGAAGUAAUUACACAGCUGUUGACGGCUACACCUCCAUGUGGAGAACCUGAUGGUCCAAACUGGCCUGGAAGAAUUUACGAAAUGAUGCAACUCACACAGUUGGCUUACUCGCUUGUCAUCAUGACCCAAGACUGUAUCUAUGCUGUCAGGGACCCUCAUGGAAAUCGACCACUGUGUAUUGGUAAACUGAUUAAUUUGAAUAGUAGCCCACAGAUGGCACGUCUUGGUGGAGAAAUUAUCAAGAAUGGAGAGAUUCAUGAUGAAAACUGUACACUAGGUUGGGUGGUGUCUUCGGAAUCCUGUGGUUUCCACUCGUUUGGGGCUUCUAUGUGCAGAGAAAUCAAGCCUGGUGAAAUUGUGGAGUUAACAGCAAAAGGUUUUGAGUCAAAGAGAAUUGUUCCACUUCAAAACCCAGAAAAACCACCGUCAUUCUGCAUUUUUGAGUAUGUGUACUUUGCACGACCAGACAGCAUGUUUGAGGGACAGAUGGUCUAUGGUGUGCGCCAGGAAUGUGGCAGGCAGCUAGCUUUAGAAGCCCCUGUGGAAGCAGAGCUAGUCAGCACUGUACCAGAGUCAGCCACUCCUGCAGCAUUGGGUUACUCCUUACAGACUGGCAUACCUUAUGUUGAGGUACUCACCAAAAAUCGUUAUGUAGGACGGACAUUUAUACAGCCUAGUGACAGGCUUCGGAAGCUUGGUGUUGCCAGGAAAUUUGGACCACUGUCAAUGAAUUUCAAGGGAAAGAGGGUUGUGCUGAUUGAUGAUUCCAUUGUAAGGGGAAACACAAUGGGCCCUAUAAUCAAACUCUUGAAACAGGCAGGAGCUAGAGAGGUGAGUCAUGUGCCAUAGCCUUUUUUAACUGUCGUAAAUUUGAACCAUAAAAGUAGCUAAAGAGCAAAUAUAUUAGAAGAUUCAGGAUCUGUUUGUAAACAGGAAGCAACAAAAUUUCACAUAUGACAAUUAAUGAAGGAGUGAAUUGGAAAAAUGUAGGUGCAAAAGGUAUUAGUUCCUCUCUUAACCCUUUAACUCCCACAUCAAAAUUGUAAUUCUCCUCACUCCCAACCAUACAAUUCUUAUAAUUUUAGUUCAGAGAAUUAAGUAUAGGAUCAACUAAUUAUCCCCAAAUUUAUAUUUUUCUUCACUCUCAUCACUUAUCUGGUUGAUAUUGUGUUGAUAUUGUGUUGAUAUUGUAAGGAGAAAUUCUGUCUUGGUCACUUAUGGGAAUUAAAGGGUUAAGCAAUGUGGCUCGCGCCACUGGUGAUGAUGCAAGUCCAUCGCAAGUUACUUGACCAGCAUUUUGUCAGGUUUCCUUGACAGUGAGAUGGAACAAUUAACCACCUUAGCAAUUCAGUAUGCACACUGUUCUCCAUUUUCAAGGAGAAUUUGUUUAACAAUCAAGAGCUUCUUUAGUUGGUGAUCAUUUCCAUUAUUCUCAUGACCUCAAUGUUUUUGUCAGGGGUGAAACUGAUAAAAGAAAUUAGAUGAAAUUAGAAAUCAACAUUCUCAGGUGUUUCCCAAGAGUGCAACACAAUGAUAUGACUAGGCGUAGACCCCAGUAUCUCAACCAGGAGUCCAGAACUUAAUCCAUGUGCAGUGGUGUGGCUCACAAGCAACACAUACUCACUUUAUUAUUCCCCUACUGCUCUCUGCAGUAAUUAGAUAUGUAAUCAUUCUACCUGGGAAAAGUAGCUAUUUCAAAAAUUCUUUAUCCAACAGAAAUCAAGAUGAUAUAUUAUCAAAUUCUUUAAACCGAAUUACUCCCCUAUUUUACACUAGGUUCAUAUCCGUGUGGCAUCACCACCAGUCAAGUAUCCCUGUUACAUGGGAAUCAACAUUCCAACAAAGGAAGAACUGAUUGCAAAUAAGAUGCAUGCAGAGGAACUAGCAGAACAUUUGGGAGCUGACAGUUUGGUUUACUUGAGUUUAGAUGGCCUUGAGACAGCUGUGCGCUCUGGUAUAGUCAAUCCUGCUGGUGAGAAAAUUGGCCACUGUACAGCCUGCUUGAGUGGACAGUAUCCAGUUGAUGUGCUGGAUUGGUGAAUAAUGCCUAAUGCAGAAAUAUAUUUGUGCAACCAAGCUGUCUGAAGCUUGUAUAAGUUAUUGAGUGUUUUUCUACCAAGAUACCCUGAUUAGGGGAUCAUACCUUGAAUAAGGUUGGUAGGGUGAACAUCAAAUCACUUACUGUACUAGAAGCAAGAGAAUAUAUUCAACAUAAAGCCAAUCUUAAAGUCACCAUGAACUGCAGACUAGCUAACAACAAACUGAACCAUUAAUAUAUAAAUACCUAGCUAAAAGCCAAAUGUUAAUGAUAACUCUCAGCAAUAGUUGGUUAAUUGUAGACAGCUCCCCUCUGCAAGGCUAAUGCUGUUAAAAGCCAAACUGCUAACACAACCUUUUUGGCUGUGACUCGGGCUUGGAAGAGACAGUUAAAAUAUUUUAUCAGUUAACAGCCUUGUAGCAGGAAUUUUGUGGACUAGGCAUUCCUUAGAUCAUACACGUAAGCCAGGAAACCUAGUCCUGGAUUACUUUGUAUGAGCAGUGUAAUUUAUUCCUUUAUAUCAGUAUUUUUGAUGCCCAAGGAAAGAAAAAUGUGAGUUCAAUUUACAAAGAUGUAUCACUAUUUAGAAAGAGAGUUCCCGAGUGUGAAAACCAGACAGUUUAAAUUCCUCCCAUAAUGAUAUUUUUAAAUUUUAAGAGAGAUUGUUUUAGAAAAGAUUGAGAUACUAAGUCAAGAACAAUCUUCCAGUAACUCUAAAGCUGCACUUAACUCAGCUUCUUAUCAAAAGUGUAAGAUUUCUAGUUUUUUUCUUUUUCUCGAUAGGGGUCAGGUUUUGAGUUAUGUUUUGAAGUUAACUGAGUGGUUUAAAAAAGUGUGUUUUUCUGAUGAAAAAGUAAGAAUUCUUGGGAAAAACCUGCUGGUUUUAAAUUCCUCCUGGCUAGACCUUGCUCACAUGUAGUCAAGUAGUUGCCUUUUUAUUUUUAAGUUUACUGAUUUUAGUUCAAAACUAUAAACAGGGAGAGUUAGUAUGGCUAUGUUUUCAACAUCCAAUCAUACAAAACGAGGUCAUGUAAUGAGUGUCCAUACAUAAACUUGUACACAGGAAAUUUCUACCAACUUUUUGGAACUUAUGUCACAAAAAUAUAUUGGUAGAGAUUUCUAUUAACCUUAAAUUAUUUUUUUUGUUUUAAGAAACAUUUCGUGGUGUGAAUCUUCAGAUUCUACUUUCCCAAUUUAAGUGUGGUGUUUGGAAAUAAAGGAGUGAUACAUUC